GGGCUGGUAUUUUGGAAGAAUGGCAUCUAAAAACUAUCAACCAGUGGAGAGAAGAAAUCACUCCACAGUAAAGGUAGGAGACUACCUAUAUAUGUGGGGUGGGUACGGGUCUGGAGUAGACUAUGAUGUGAUGGAGGUGUAUCACUUACCAACUGGUGCUUGGGACCAGAAACCUACUACUGGUACCCAACCACCAGGUACCUGGGGCUAUUCAACUUUUGCUAUUGGGAAGGACAUAUAUUAUUUCGGUGGAUUUGGUGGUGAUUAUCAAAACAGCUUACAUUGUUUCAAUGUGGAUUCAUUCAAGUGGAGGGAACUCUCUCCUUCUAAUUCUGAUCAUGGUCCAAUGAAGAAGGGCUACUGUGGAAUAAUAUCAGUUCAUUUUGACAUUGAAGACUAUCUCGUAAUAAUAGGAGGCCAUACAUCAUCUUCUACUCCAAAGCAACCUGAUGCUCAGUAUUCAGCUACUAGUAGAUGUAAUGAGAUACAUUAUUACAGGAUUUCAUCAGAUCAAUGGAUAUCUCCUGUUAUUACUGGAGACAGACCACCUCCUAUUUAUUCCUUCACUCUAACACCAGUUACUAAUAACACUGCGGUAAUGUUCGGAGGCUCUACUGAUAAUGGAGUCAGUAAUAAACUGUAUAUGAUAAGUUUCACUAAGACAUCAGUGGAUAUAUUAGAAGUACCUAAUCCUGGAGGAUCAGUACAUUGGCCUAAGGGAAGAUGGGCUCAUUCCAGUGUACUGAUUAUCACUAGUUCAGGACCACACUUACUAGUGGUAGGUGGAUAUGAUGUCUAUGGUGUAUGGUUACUGGAUAUUAACAAAAGAAAAUGGAAAGAACUGAUUAACCUACCAGUCAAUGUCACUAUGAGAUACUGGCAUUCUCUAUCAGUGUGGAGUGUGACCCCAACUACUAACUGGAUAAUUCAGUUUGGAGGAGGAAUAAACAGCUACAGUACUAAUACAGCAGUUAUUGAACUCAGAUAUACUAGUGAUAAUGAUUGGUCUACUAGUGUAAUACCUCUGGACCAGUAUCAAGAUCAACUAAGAAGAAGGAUACUGAGUGAUUGGGAGAAUUUAGGAUUAAGCAAAGAGGUUCAAUUACUCAGAGGGCACCUACAAGAAAGAGAGAGAGAAUUCUAUGAGGAACAGCUUCAAAAAGAGAUAAAAGAGAAGGAGCAGAUACAACAAGAUCGAGACAAAGAGCAAAAAGGAUAA